GAAGAGAGUGAAUCGCCGGUACAAGUAGCCUUAUUUGUUUAAUUUCGAAAAGAGAAAAUGAGCAAUUACCCCGUGUUUGGAUGAGAGAGAACGAUCCAGACCCGAAAGGACGAGAAUAACGUGUCAGCGGUCAUUCCCUCGUCAUUUUCAUGUCCAAUUAAGAUGAUUAUCAUUUUAUGGCAUUCGGCAAGUUGACAGGAAUAUUUUUUUUCGCACCGUAGAAAUGCCCGAAGAGAUCGAAUUAGAGCAGAAAAAACAACUCAGAUGUUCCAUUUUAAUCGGCACAACAUCAUUAAGUGGAAGGAUAAUUGAGUAAAAAUUAGCUGCUAGGGACGGAGCUCUCGAGAUACUGAAAGAGACGACUAAAAAGGAUGCCAAUACUCGAGAUGACGGUGGAAUGACCCCGACACUGUGGGCAGCCUUCGAAGGCCAUGUGGAUGCACUGAGACUGCUUGUCGCCAGGGGAGGGGAUCCAGACAAAACCGAUUACUUCGGAAACACGGCUCUGCAUUUAUCAGCGGCACGAGGUCAUGAGUUCUGCGUUAAAUUUUUAGUGAAAUUCGGGUGUAACAUAUGGGCACUGGACAUCGACAGACAUUCUGCACGAGAAUUAGCAGCGAUAAAUGGACGAGAGAAUAUUCUCCAAUUUUUGGACAUUGCUCAAGCUGAACAGGAGGCGACAAACAGGAAGAAGAGCAAGCUGAUGAGGGAGAAAGCGGAGAAGGAUGCUGAGAAACGACUGAAGGAGUACGUGAAGAGACAGAAAAUGGCGGAUAUCAGGGCGGAGAAGGAGCAGAAGAAGCUGCUAAAGGAUAGGGCGAAAAUGGACAUCGAGACCAUUAAUGAAAAUAAUAUUCUUCCCCAUAGACCUAGUAUUUUAACAUUCAAGGGCAGAGUGAAACCAUCACAAACCUUCAGUGAUAUCGUGGGAACAAUUUCCACAAAUACAGCCGCUAGGAGACGAGGCAGCAGUGCUGUCGGAAGAAAAGUUCAAGCUCGGAAGGCUGUUGAUGAUUUCAGAGUUGUGGAGAUUGAGAAUGAUGGGAAGAGAUCGGUGAGAAGUCUAACUGGGCUUCGAAGAGACUCAGAAGUGAUGUACGUAGGGACUUACGAGACGCAGGCUCAACAGAUGGGCAAGAGGGGUCGAAUAUCGGAUGUGUGGGGGACUCUCAGUAAAGCUCAGAGUACUCCAGAUCUUCUUGGUGAUAGGGAUUACGAUGAGGAGGGAGAGGAUGAAAAUGGAUCUUUGAAGAACGUUGUUGAGGAGGCAGUGCUCCUUCAAGAGCCGGCCAGUAUAUUCAACAGGCCCGGGUUCGGCUCUGUGGCAUUUAGAAGAUCGAUUACAGCAACAUUAGACACUCUGCCGAUUACCCAGAUCGAUUCGAAAAUAAAAUUACAUUCAAAGGGAUACUCCAAUGGUACUGAUGUAUUCAUUAAUGGACGGCGCGGUAGUGUUAAUGGACAUCAUAAUGAAGAAAUAAGUAUUGGGAGUGCUGGAAGUCUCGCGAGGAGACAGAGCAUGUGGGACGAUGAUAGAUUAUCAGCAGGAGAAGAUACUGAUGAGACUGAUGAAGAAUGGAGUCCCUUACAAAGAUUCCUAGUAGCUAACAACUUGACGUCCAUUCAAUCCAGCCUGGAGGCAGAGCAAAUCGACUUGGAAGCCCUGAUGCUCCUCACAGACGCUGACAUCGCAGCUCUGAAACUGCCCCUGGGUCCAAAAAGAAAGCUCACAAACGCCAUUGCCAACAGAAAAACCGCCCUCGGUGGCUCUGAGAAUAUCAUAAAGGACAGCAGACUGUGAAUAGUCAAAAGGUGCAAAUACCCUUCAACAUGUACAUUGAGAUGAACAGAUUAAACACUACAAUGCAAAUAAAA